AUGGUGGUAAUAAUUAAACCCCUAGAUGUUGGUAUUAGAGAUGGUCGUUCAGGAUCCUGUCCAGCUCCUGAAGGUUUCAAGUACCAAGAUCGUGACUUUAAUUUUCGUUGUUAUGCAAUAAUUUCAACAAUAGUCGACAUACUCUGUUGGAGUGACAUAAUAAUGCAAUUUUUCACUGGAUACGAAAAUCAAGAGAAGAGGUUCAUUGAACUUCGACCGAAGAGCAUAGCGAAAAAUUACGUUUUUGGUCCAUUCUUUUUAAUCGAUCUGUUCAACGUUCUACCAAGAUUUACACUAAGAUGCUUCAUGGAUCAGCCUGCUUUAUACAUACUGGGAAUACAGAAUAUAUUCUGUUUAGCAAAAGCAAUUCGAUUCUUCACACUACUAAAUAACUCAUCACGAGUGUUAAUAUAUCUAGGUGUAACGUCAAAAAUAAGCUUCAUAGCUUUUUAUUACUCUAUUAUCACUAUUUUUGCGAUACAUUAUGUAACAAUGUUCAAUAUAGGAAUGAUACGCGUUAUACGAGUCUAUUUUGGAUACGGAGCUUGUUGGAAAGUAAUAAAACAAGAACAAAGAACUUUGUCAGGAACUUACAUGAAAUACGUGUUCAGAUCCUGUGCUUACUUACUGGCUACGAUGCUUCCUAGAAAAUUCUACAAAAAUAUGGAAAUCGAAGAGAGUAUUGUUCUUAGUGUAUCUUAUAUUUUUGGAAAAUUCUACAUAAUUAUAUCAUGGAUAAUUAUUGCUUCUACUAUUCUACAAUCACGAUCAUUGUAUAUGAAAUAUCAAAUGCUAAUUGAACAAGUUCAAGCGUACAUGACAAAUAAAAACGUUCCCAAUGAAUUGAAACAAAAAGUUCUACAAUAUUAUGAAUACAAAUAUCAUGGGAAAUAUUAUCAAGAAAAGCUACUAACUUCCUUAAUAUCAACUCAACUGAAAAAGGAGAUGAAAUUUCAUUCAUGUAGUCAGUUCAUAGAUAAAGUUAUAAUUUUCAAUGAUCUUUCAGUGGAAGAUAUUAAGGAAGUAACAAAAGUACUUAUACCUGAGAUUAUUCUAGCAUCUGAUACCAUUUAUCGAGCAGGAAACCAAGGAGAUUGUAUGUAUUUUAUAGCUAGUGGUACAAUUGCCUUAUAUACACCUUCUGGACAAGAACUGUGUCAUAUUCAAGAUGGGGGAUAUUUUGGAGAGCUCGCUUUUCUAAUAGAAUCGGCCAUACGGCCAUUGUCCGCCAUUGCAAUUGAACAUUCUAAUGUAUAUAAAAUGGAUAGAGCCGAUUUCCAAAAAAUUUUAAUGAAAAACAAAAUCGUACAUGGCAAAGUUAAUUCAUACGCAAAAAAGUUGCUGCAAGCUGCUCAGAAAUUGGAAGAAGCGUAUAUGAUGGAUAUGUUGGACAAUCGUUAUAGUACAAUUAUGUAG